AUGUCCGGUUCCGCUGAUGACUUAACUGAUCGUCUCCCGCAGCGCUGUCCCGUCUCGUCUGCUUCUGGCAUGGCCUCUUUCAUCUACGCCUCCAGGAGACCUCCGCGUGCCUUGUUUCGUCCUUUAGCCUCAUUCGAGAAGGUUGUCUCACUAGGCCUUGCCAACUCAAAGUCUCUCGGGAAGGAGACAACCAAACUGUCCAACACGAGAGUACAGCUUUUCCCAACGUUCGUCGUCAAGAAAAGCUGGCUUGCCUCUCUUCUCAAUUGCCCCCUUCGUCGCGUUGAAGCAUCUAUAAACAGUUGCACUUGCUUAUUUUCUACCAAACUUUUGCAGCUAGUGCACUCUUUCCUUCUCGACCCAGUCGCACAAGUGGUUUCGGUUGCUGUCGUUUUCGCGCAGAUUUUUCCGAUUCUAAAAAAAAUUAAAUUGCACAUAUUUACGCAUACCUACAGACGUACACAUCGACAUUGUAUUAUAGAAUGGUGGGCAUGCGAGGCAUGA